AUGCCUUUCGGACAGCAACCAAUAUCAGUUGCGCGACGCAAUGCACGAGAACGUAAUCGUGUUAAACAAGUUAAUAAUGGCUUUGUUACAUUACGUCAGCAUAUACCACAGAAUAUAAUUCAGGCUUUAUCAAAUGGUGGCCGUGGUCCACAUAAAAAACUAAGUAAAGUUGAUACAUUACGUUUAGCAGUUGAAUAUAUACGACGUCUUCAAGAUUUAGUUACUGAUUUAGAUGUAAACAGCCAUCAUCAAUAUCAUCUUCAUCAUCACCAACAACAACACAUAUAUCAGAAUAUUCAAAUUCUGAAUUUGAUCAUAUCUAGUCCAGAACCACAGCAAAAUAUUUCAAUACAUAACUCAUCAAUUGAUUCACAAAAUAACCAAUCAGAAUCAUCAAUUAGUCCGGCCCCAUCAUAUAUAUCAGAACCUUCAUCAUUAAGUCCAAGUUCAAUACUUAAUUAUGGUAAUUAUAAUAGUAGUAACAAUAAUAAUAAUAACAGUAAUAAUAAUUAUGGUCUAAAUUCAACAACAAUACCAAGUAGUAUAACAAAUCUAACGCCAGUAAUUACAUCAGUAAUAGGAACAAAUCUAAAUUAUAGUAUAAAUCAAUUUAAAUUUGAACCAUACGAUGAUUAUAGUUCGAUUCAUCAUGAUCAUAAUAAUCAUCACCGUAGCCAUCAUCAUCAUAAUCAACAACAUACAAAUAGUACAAUAAUUGUUGAAAAUGCAACAACCAGUGAAGAUGAAGAGCUAUUGGACUAUAUAUCAAUGUGGCAAGAAGAGCAACAAUGA